AUGGAGAAUCUUCACAAGAACGAAAUGACCACGGACCACUCCAUGAACUACUCAACCGCACCUAGCAUGAACGACAUGAUCUUAGCUACCCAAUCGAUCACCCCCAUCAACGACGCUAUGAAGCUUUCCGUAAUCGAUCCAGCUCUUCUUGCUACGAGCGACAUUCAACCGACCAGUCAGCAAACUGCAGCCGUCAACGAUUCAAUGAACCAGAUGAUGAAGGAUGCGACUCCGCUCGGGGAUGAGCCUGGCAACUUUCAAGACUCCAUGCGCAUGGAGGAGGACGGCUUCAUUGGUUUCGAAUCGCCGGACGAAGUGCUUCACUACCUGAAGUUCAAGGACGAGAUCUUCAUUGAGUCUGUCAUCGUCGUUGAACCCUAUGGUCCACAUAACGCAGCUCGCGUUCAAGCCGAAGUUCCGCAAUCAUUCCUGUCAAUUCCUACUCGUCACCGCGGCUCUGUAAUCGGUGUGUUUCCAGAACAAUCCCCUCACGCAAAGGAUCUCGCCUUAUUCGACAAGCACGAUCAAGGGUUCGCAGAAUGGUGGAUUACUUCAGGUGGGAAGUUCCACAUGCUGGCAAUGAACCAUGAGUUCAGUCAUAUGCCGAUCAACUUCAACUUCCAGAUGUCAACGAAUGUCAACGUGCAUGCGCCGCUAAACAUCAACAUCGGAAUGCCGCAAAACACCAGUCACGUUGCUCCGCCCAACGUUCCAGCUGCCUAUCAGCAGAACUCCGCAUCAGGAGGUCCUAGUGAAUCGGCUAAGAAUACUUCACGCAUAGCUACACCUAAGCCAGGACUCUACCAGGAUCGCGCACUUCCAGCAGGCGCACUCCGUAUCUGGAGCGAAAUCGGCGCUCAACUUCCCCAGGUGAGCCACCGCUCUGAGCAUCCCAUCUAUAGCCACGCGCCUUUUUAUACUGUCGAUCUCCGUUUGCUCGGUGAUGUCUAUAUCACCGCACACGAGCUCCUCACUUGGUUUCCUGACCAUCUGGGCUACUGGCCGGACUUAAUUCACCGCUUGGCUGGCGGGGGCUGGACUGACACUGACAUGAUCAAGUUCGUCUAUGUCGUCCGGGGUAUGACGAGCUCGACAUCCAAGGAAGACGCGCGCAUGGCCGAGCGCGAUAGGUCCCGCAUAGGUCAUUACCGCGGAGAUCUUGGGGUCACCCAAACUCGCCAAGGAACGAGCAAGGUGGUGCCGCGUCCGUAUGCUGACUUGACAUGUGCCAACUGGCAGGACCCACGACGAGCCACAAAGAUUCGGGGCGGUGACAUUGAGGGUCACAUCGACUACUACGUCUCCGACCUUGCAGACGGUGUCCUCCCAGCGAUGUACCCGACCGGUGUGAACGCUGGUGCUUUGACCGAUGUCAUCCGGUUGGUCAAGGAUUUUCCGAACGAUGCUGAGUGCCAGGCUCUGAAGUUGAGCGGGGUUUCUGAAUUUGCUAAACAGAUGGGCUUGUUCCAAACGGUGGCAGAUGCUGGUCUGCCGAAUUCCGUGCAGCCCGGUGGAGCGCAUGCAGAUUCCACCGCUUUGGCCGCCGCCGCUGCCUUGGUCCGCCGCCCCGGAUAUGAGGUGAGCAUUACUGGGACGUAUGGCCACAAACCGCGUACUCUAGCUGCUAAGAGCCAAUCCACCUCGACUACCGAGCCAACUGACGAUCGUCUGGCUUCCGAUCCAUCCUAG